CUAGGUGGUUGCCCCCUCCCUCUAGAGAUGUCAGGAAGGAGGGAGCCACCUGUGUCCUCCACAAGGGCCCCCCAGAACCUGGGGGCCCCCAGCCCGGGAGCUGGGAGGUGGAGGAGGUGCUGACAGGUUCUUCGAGAGAUGCUCUUCCUCCCCUUAUGCUCCCUCCCCAUCCUCCUCCUUUUCCUCCUCCCCAGUGUUCCAAUGGAGCCCCAACCCCCACCUUCACCACUGCCCCCUUUUCUAGCACCUGAGUGGGACCUCCUGUCCCCCCGAGUAGCCCUGUCCAGGGGUGCCCCUGCUGGGCCCCCUCUGCUCUUCCUGCUGGAGGCUGGGGCCUUUGGGGAGCCAGCGGGCGUCCCAGCCAACCGUAGUCGACGUGGGGUAAGCGAGACAGCACCUGCAAGUCGCCGGGGUGAAUUGGCCGUGUGUGAUGCAGUCAGUGGCUGGGUGACAGAUCGGCGGACAGCUGUGGACUUGCGUGGGCGUGAGGUGGAGGUGCUGGGCGAGGUGCCUGCAGCUGGUGGCAGUCCCCUCCGCCAGUACUUCUUUGAGACCCGCUGCAAGGCUGAUGGCACUGGGGAAGAUGGCCCUGGUGGGGGCAGCGGGGGUUGCCGAGGUGUGGAUCGAAGACACUGGGUAUCUGAGUGCAAAGCCAAGCAGUCCUAUGUACGGGCAUUAACCACUGAUGCCCAGGGCCGUGUGGGCUGGCGAUGGAUUCGAAUUGACACUGCCUGCGUCUGCACACUCCUCAGCCGGACUGGCAGGGCUUGAGGCACAUGUCCAGGAACUGGUCAGGCAGAGAAAGAACAGAGCUGGAUGCUGAGGGACCUCAUGGGUGGCCUGGCUGCUUGAAGGGCCUCAAUUUGGGAACUCAUCAAAUGAUCACAAAAUCACAGCUUUCUGAUUUUGAGAGCUCAAUCUGUGCAAGAUGGGUAAUGAAACUAAUUGGGGUUUUGAAGGAUGAAUAGUUUUCCUUGAGAAACUUGAGGGUAAUAAUUAUGAUGAUAACAAUAAU